AUGAAUAGAUUCGAAUAUGCUGAUUCUCGGUUGCAGCCGAAUGAGACUUUUGUGAGACGUGAUAUGGCUGUACGUCUCUAUGAUGGUGAUACAAAGACAAACUUUGAAGGCGGGGAACUAAUUCUAACUAGCCAUAGAAUCCUUUGGGGCAGACCUGGUGACAUACCUCGAGGUAGUACUUGUUUGUCUUUGCCACUUAGAUAUAUUAUUUUCUUUGAGGAAGAAAAUCUUGGACCCUUCUCUUUUGGACGCAGUAAAAAGAUUGUAUUACAUCUUUCUGAGCCUGCUAUUGAUAAAAUGCCAGGUCCCACAGAUAAGAAUUUGUAUAAUUAUGUCAAGCUAUCCUUUAAGGCAGGCUUAGACUCAAACUUUAUUCCGCUAUUAUCUGAUACUAUUAUGAGACGGUUAUGGGAAUUUAUGCCUGCUACUGAAUUAAUGUCCAACAUGAAUAUCCAUGAUAAUCAAAGGAAUUCAGGACUAUUACCUCAAAUAAAAACACGAACUGGUAUCAUAGGGAUUGAAAGGAGUCUACAAGAGAAACAGAAGGAAACUGACGAAAGUAUAUCAUUGGCAUUUCAAGACCUCACAAAACUUAUGGAUAUGGCUAAAGAUAUGGUGGCCAUCUCAAAGACAAUCUCGGCUAAAAUAAGGGCAAGACAAGGAGAUAUAACAGAGGAUGAAACAAUCAGAUUUAAGGCUUAUUUAAUGAGCCUAGGUAUCGAUGAUCCAGUAACAAGAGAUGCAUACAAGAGCAGUAACGAAUACUUUAAGCAAUUGGCCAAACAACUUGCACACAUCUUAGAAGAACCAAUAAAGGAAGUAGGUGGUAUGAUGACACUUACAGAUGUUUAUUGCCGUGUAAAUAGAGCAAGAGGCCUGGAGCUUCUGUCUCCUGAAGAUUUAUUACAUGCCAGUAGACAGCUAACGCUUUUAGGUUUACCGAUUGUACUAAGAACGUUCGACAGUGGUGUUAUGGUUCUUCAAGUUCUCUCUCACGACGAUAACGCUGUUGCUGACCGUAUAAUGGAAUUACUGAAGCAGAAAGGAUCAAUGACGGCCGAAGAUCUCGCGCAAUCGGAAGGAAUAUCGGUGAUAUUGGCACGCGAGAGAUUGCUAGUUACGGAGAAACACGGCAAAGCUUGUAGAGAUGAUUCAAUAGAAGCGUUGAGAUUUUAUCCCAAUCUAUUUUUAGAGGAAACUCCUGUAUCUAGUGAAUAACUUGAAACUGCUACGAGUGAUCGUCUUCUUUACCGUAAUCAGCAUAACUUCGGCCAUGAUGUAACACCAACACGUCAGGUUUUUGUACACUUAUUAAAUCUUUAUACGUCCACAACAGCUAAAUCAAAUACAAACGCAAUUAGAAUUUUAAACUUAUGUAAAAUACAAAUACUUAUUUUUAAGCAUAAUUAAUUUAUUUUUUGUAUCUCUAAUAAUACGUUUUUUUUCUAAACUAUUUAAGAUAAUUGUCUUUUUUUUCUUGAAUGAAUUUUGGAAAGUGUAAAGGUAAUAAAGUGCAAGGCAUCAUCCAUUAAUUGAAA